AUGCUUGGAUUAGCUCCGGUCACUGAUAAUUUGGCUUUCUGUUUCGUAAAUCACCAAUGGCAUCCUCAGGAUUUAAAGGCAUUCAAAGAUCCAAAGAUAAUCAAACAAAUGACUCUAGAAACCAUGAAGGGUUUCCCUAAGAAAAUGAUAGAUGUGGUACAAAACUGUGACCUUUCUAACCUAACAUUUAGCCAUUUGCGUUACCGUGCCCCAUGGGACAUAUUACUAGGCCAAUUUCGAAAAGGAACCGUGACAGUUGCUGGAGAUUCGAUGCAUGUAAUGACACCAUCCAUUGGCCAGGGUGGCUCAACGGGUAUAGAAGAUGCAGUUGUACUUGCUAGAUGCAUGGCAAGAAAAUUUCAUGCCAAUAAUGAUCAUAAAAUAUUCAAAGGUCAGAAGAUAAUUGAAGAAGCAAUGGAUGAAUAUGUGAAUGCGAGAAGAAUGAAAUUGGUUAAAUUGUCUAUACAAUCUUUACUUGUUGGUUCAUUGUUGGAUUCUUCUUCAUUGCUUGUGAAGUUGAUAAUUUUUGUGCUUUUGGGUGCUUUGUUUAUGGACAAAUUUGGUCAUGCUCGAUAUAACUGUGGUUGUCUCUGA